UAGUGAGUGGUGUGCCUGUAUAUAUGUGUGUGUAAGAGAGACAUUGACUUAAAAAUGGAAAACAAGUGUUUUGGUAUUUCUGUCUACAUUUCAGUCUGAUAUCAACAGACAGGGAGUGUGUGUCUACGUGCAUUCUGUCUGUGUGCACAAGUGUGCGUGUGUGUGUUGUUUUUCUUAGACAAAAUGGAAGCAAAGCGUCUCUAUCACACGACAGCACUUCCCACGGGUAGAUUGCAUACGGCCACACUCAACUGAAGGAGAGCAUCGUUGGUAUUGUUGCAUCGCUGGUCUCCUCCUUCCUUCCUCCUCCUUUCCCCUCCCUUCACUCAUCCAUCCAUCCGUCUACCCCGUCUCCUCUCCAAACACGCACACCGACUUGCACAUCGCCUCCUCCGGCACAAUGACCAACGAUUCCCCGGAGGAGGAGACCCGAGCUCCGCGCGGCGGCGGAGGUGGUGGUGGUGGUGGUGGAAAAGGAAUCACACGAAGGAACCGAGCGGACGACAAUGUCACCAUCCUGACUUCCUCCAUGGAUUUACACAGAGCCGGCCGGAGCCGAGCCAGCAGCAGCAACGAUGCCGCCCCGAGCAUCACAUCCUCGGUGGAUCUGAGCACCUCCUCCCUGGAGCUGAGCAUCCAGACGCGGAUCUUUAAGAUAAUCGUCAUCGGUGACUCCAACGUGGGGAAGACCUGCCUCACCUUCCGCUUCACCGGAGGAAGCUUCCCGGACAAGACCGAGGCCACCAUCGGCGUGGAUUUCAGGGAGAAGGCGGUGGUGAUCGAAGGGGAGACUAUCAAGGUACAGGUAUGGGACACAGCAGGCCAGGAGCGCUUUCGUAAAUCAAUGGUGGAACACUACUACCGCAAUGUCCACGCAGUGGUCUUUGUGUACGACGUCACCAAGAUGACUUCCUUCCGCAACCUACAGACAUGGAUAGAGGAGUGUAAUGGCCAUCGGGUCUCAGCAUCCGUACCUCGAGUCCUGGUGGGAAACAAGUGUGACCUUGUGGACCAAAUACAGGUGCCCUCCAACACGGCGUUGAAGUUCGCCGACUCACACAACUUGCUGCUGUUUGAGACGUCGGCCAAGGACCCGAGGGAGAGUCAGAAUGUCGACUCCAUCUUCAUGUCGCUGGCCUGCCGCCUGAAAGCCCAGAAGUCCCUGCUCUACAGAGACGUGGAGAGAGAGGAUGGGAGGGUCCGACUCACACAAGAGACUGAAACAAAGAGUAAUUGUCCUUGUUGAGGAAAAGGAGGAGUGGGAGGCAUAAUGAAGGGGGAAGAGAGAAGAGUAACUGUACAUGUCAAGCAAGAGGAGGAGAGGGAUGAUGUGAGAGUGAGGCUAAAACAAGAGUCUUUGAAAUUAAGUGCAACUUUUCUGGUUUAGGAGGAGGAAUGGGGGGUUAAGGCUGACACUAAGAGCAAUGUGUUUCAAGGAAGAGGAGGAAAGGGUGGAAGUGGCAACGCUCGUGCAGCCUGAGGAUGAGGAUAGAGAGGAGAGAGGAAAGAGGACAAAGGGAUUCAUUAACAAUUCAGAAGUGAGACGAUGUUGCCUUUUAGACUACAGCAUAGUGUAGACAUUCUUCCAUAUAUUCAAACAUAGACAGAAACUGAGUAAAUGUACUUUCAGCGUGCCGGGUGCACAGGCAAACACCACACAGGGGAUGCGUCAUUUGGGGAUCUACAACAAACAGUCUUGAUGCAAGGCUGUUGUUUCCUAAACCAGCCUGGGUUUGGUGUUUGCAACCGCCAUUACUAACAACAACAAUCUGAAGCAACAUAUUAAAACACAGUCUUAUUUUUGCUGCCUUAUCCUUAUUGGCUUUAAUUUGCAUGCUAGCUGAAAACAGAAUUUCCGAGCUGUUUUUACUGCCUUAAAAACUGCCCCUGUCUCAGUCAGGCAAAAGUAGCAAAGAGGUUCAAAGUAUUUUAACCAGUCAAGAUGAGUUUGGUCUAUACAACCAACCAAACACUCUGACAGCCUCUUCUGUGGAAAUAUCAACAAGUUCAGAGGAUGAAUGAGACUCUUUUUUCGUCUCUGAAUUUUAACGUGUCUAUCUGGGUCAAUCCUUCACAAGCAGGACAGUUGACAUAAAAUCACUGUGAGAUCACAAAUACAAAAGAUGGGAAAGAACUUCUUGGACAAACUUAAUGUGGAAAAAAUAUGGGGCAAAAAAGUUAAGGAUGAGCUCAAACGACCGAUGCAGGAAGACCUUGACAACAAGGUUUCCAGAGCACCUCGAGGUUGUCAGGCAGCAUGUCACGUAUUGAUUCAGAGGUUGUUAGAUCAUUUUACCCUUACUGACAAUGAAGGGCUGUCAAGGGGAGGCUCCUUUUUCUCAUCUAAUCCUGAUGUAAACAUAUCCCCUCUAUGAUUACCCUCUGGCACAGUGGCUUAUCCAGAUUUCCUUUUGCGUGCAAAUGUAAGACCAUCCAGUCUUUGCCGUACUUCAAGAUAGCCAGUCAGCAAUUCCGUAUUCUGUAAUGAACAUUUGUCAAAGUAAAGGCCUUCUGUCAGUCUUAGAUUAUAUGCUCUCCACAUCAAUAUCACUGCCUUCAGUCAGGAUAGGGAACAUGAUAGAAAACUGUGACCCAUGUAUACAGAAUGGAUAUAUUUAUACUACUACACAUCCUGAGCCUGGGUGUACAUUAUGAGGGGACCUUUAAGCCCAGUGUCUGUAUAAGGGAAUGAGUCCCGGAGUUUCCGAGCCAUGGAUGAUACAGGCCGCAUGAAAAACUGUAGGAAGCCAUAUUUAUUAUUUACUGUGCACACAGACGCAGUGUGCUACUAUGAAGCAUCUGUAAUAAGGCAUCAAUCCACACGCCUGACUGUGAUGCUGUCACUUUGAUAUCUUACCCUAUUUUAACACGGUUGCCUAAUUUUGAAAUCCUAGACAUAUUUGGAUGCCAUAUGUAAACAAUUUAGAUUUCAGUCCCUACAAGCUGCCAGUCUGAUGACCUAAUUAAUACAUCCGACUGAGCGAUGUAAACACUGUGCACAUCCAAGUAAAAUCCAUCCAGGUAUUGUCUGAGCUGUAUCAGGAUUUCUUUUGUCUGCAUUAUUAUAUUACAUUGGAAGAUAGACAGAAAAGGGGACAACAUGUAACAAAGGGCCACACUUCGGAUUCAAACCUGGGCCGCUGCUAUGGAGUUCAGUACAUGGUGCUUAUCUAGUGUAUCUACUGUGGCUCCACAGCUCCAACAGGUUUCGUUGAUUUUUAAUUCAGAAACUCUUCAGUUUCAAACAUGUUUGUAUCAGAAGCAGCAGGAUCAAGCAGCCGUUACAGCUGAAUACAUUGACAUUACUGUAAAAAUACCAGAAAAGCUCUAUUCAUUAUCAUCAAGCACCCACAUGUGUGACAUGCAACCUAGAGCCAUAGGUUCAACAAAAGCUGGGCAAAAGAACACACAAACAACUAAACUGCGUUCUCAGAGAAACUUAUCUUUUCACGAAUCACUCACAGUUUCAAACACAUGGUUAACGAUGUAAAUUAAAAGAAAACAAAACUGCUUGGUUAGGUUUAGUUAAACAUCAUGGUUUGACUUACAAUAAGUAUGUUUAUUAGGUAACUUAAGUUCCCGUGUGGACUUACACAGAGUUUAAUGUAUUUAUAAUACAUCAAAAACAGUCAUAAUCCGGGAGAAAAUACGAUUCCUUCUAAUCGUAAUUGACAAUGCAGUUUCUUUGUAUGGGAAGUUCAUUUCUGGGCGACCAGGCAGUCACAGCACAGGGUACACCCUACAACUGUUCAUCUGUUCACAAAUAUCUGGGGCUCUGUUUACCUUUAGUUAGCAUAGCCUAGGUCAUUUAGUCGCUGUAAUACAUUUGAAACCACUGUACUAGCCUAAUAAGAAGAAAAACGUGUUGUGGAAAAAAAAAAGAAUGUGCCUGCAUUUCCUUCAUAAACUUACCAGAUCUGAAUAAAAUAACAUUUGGUUUCAAAUGAAUGAAAAAGAAUAAGGAAGGUAUAAUUAAGUUAGCUUCGCUAAUAGUAUUUUCUUAAUUUUCUUUCUCACACAUUUGAAAUCAUGACCAGUUUGUAUUUUACCCAGAUCUAAAAGUUAAGAAUACAAAUGUACAGUAUGUUUGCUUGCCUUCCCUUUUCCCUGUAAAUAUGUUGAAUUUGUUAUAUUUUGCUGCCCGUUUUUUUUGCAGUUGAUCUGUGUAUUUUUUUUAAACCCAUGUUUGCUCUUAAAGGGAUGCCUUGACAUUUUGAAAUCUGCAAAAAGUCACAAUGUUAAAAAAAUAAAAUAAAAGGUUUUUGUAUGUGGCAUUAAUAAAUAUCAGUAUGGGGAAUGGGUCCUUGUGAGGUCAGGACACAAUGUGUGAUUAGUUGCUCAGGGUCCUAGAGAUGAAAUGAUUAGUCAAUCGACAGAAAAUGUAUCUAUGGCCAUUUUGAUAAUCGAUUUUGUGUUUAAGUGAUUUUUCAUGCAAAAAUGGCAAAUCUUUCUCCGGUUUCAGCUUCUCAAAUGUUAAUAUUUUCUUGUUUUCGUUGUCUUAUAUGACAGAAUAUCUUCUGGUUUUAAACUGUUGGUGGUCUGAAUGAGUCAUCCUGGCCUUGCAAAGAUUUGAUUGGCAUUUUUCACAUUUUAAACACCAAACGUUUUAUUGACUAAUUGAGAAAGUAAUUGGCAGAAUAAUCAAUAAUGAAAAUAAUUGCAGUCGUACAGGGUACAACACAUCAGCAGGGUUUCCCUCACUCAUGGGACAUUGGCAUUAUCUUCAGCUAUUUUCAGAAUUAAAUUAAACUGUCAGCCUGCAGCUGUCCUGUCAUUGAUCAAGAUAGUUUCAACAUGUUAACCCCCCAAUUAAAAUUAUAAUAAUGUAAUAUUUGCCAAUCUAAGUGGAGACAUUCCCUUUCCCCUUCACAGGAGGAGCUCUAUGGUGUCACACGAAGCUCAACAGUGCAAACACAAAGAAAAAAAACAGCAAAAUACAUUUUCAUUUGAUAAAUAAUUGUAUGAACGUGAUGCUGAAAUGUUUAUCAUGAAACCCAACACAAUAUGGGAAUACUGUAUAUAAUCAGCGUUGCCAGAUGUACAAUAAAUAUCGCAUUUGUCCGAUAAUUAUGCCCUCUGUACGAUGUACAACCAAUAAUGCCAAAAAGUGCCAUUUGAUGACGCCUCCAGUUAGUUGGAGGGUUUUAACGUGCACUGUCUCAUUUUAAUUCAUUUCCGGUGUUUACCCAUCACUUCUCACAUGACAUGUUUUCAACCAAUCAUGUUUGGUGUAGGCUAUGAUGGUGUCCAACGUAACUCGCAAGCACGGCUGUGGUUCUACAUCCCCCGCCGCUCUAUGCUCAUUUUCAGAGAGUUUGCACACGAGAUAGCUUUCCUUCAUUUUUGAAUAGUAGGCUAUUACAAAAAGUGUCAGACUGAUGGACUUAUGGACACAUACCCUCUUCCACGCAUCAUAGCUACGUCAGCGUGCUUAAACUUUUUUUAUUGAAAUGUUUGUUGAUUUGUAGGGGGGUCGAAAAAUUGUAUAAAUACGUGUUUUGUAAAAUUACACAUUUACACCUAUUUGUUCUCUUGGUUAUGAUUUGCGUAUGAUAAUUCCCUCAAGAUAUUUCCCAUCUGCUGCCCAUAGACCUGUAGCAACCUGUGUAUUUGACGCAGGUCCAAACUUGAUUGGUUAACUUUUUUAAAUGUUAUUACCAUUUUUGUGGCUAACAAUUUAUAUAACAUGUUGUUAAUAUGGAUGAAUUUAUGUGUAUGCUACAUUGAGCUUGGUGUGACACUAUAGAAGUUGGAGAUCAGUCAGCUGUAGAACAGCAGCACUUUGCUCUUCAACUCUUCAUCAGAGUUACAACAGAGAUUUGCACCCUCAUCCUUAUAGUGCAGUACAUACUACCUAGUCGAUACUCCAAAAUCUUUAAGAUUGAAAGUUAAAAUAUUAAGUUACUCCUUUAACAAAAGCCUUAAGAAUGGUGUGACUUGAUUUCAUAAUGUUAUAAUUGUUAAAUUUGAGAUGACAAUGUUUUUUUUGGCUGUGAGUUUGUUAUUGUUUUCGAUUGUAUCAGAUGUGUCUUCUACUUUGUGUUUCAUAUGUAACAUUGUCGUUGUUACAAUCUCACAAAGGGACUUCUGAUAAAACUGCUGAAGAAGCUCCA